GGCAUUAGGGCGCGCAUCCUGGAGACGUUUGUGAUGCUUUUCCUGCUGGCUCUUCUCAUCCUGGGCAUUGUGUGGGUGGCAUCAGCGCUUAUAGACAACGAUGCAGCCAGUAUGGAGUCACUUUACGAUCUUUGGGAAUUUUACCUCCCCUACCUGUACUCCUGCAUAUCUCUGAUGGGAGGACUGCUUUUGCUCAUGUGCACUCCUGUGGGACUGUCCCGGAUGUUCUCCAUCAUGGGCCAGUUACUCGUGAAGCCGACAAUCCUGGAGGACCUGGAUGAGCAGAUUUACUGCAUCCAUUUGCAGGAGGAAGCCCUUCAGAGGAGAUUAAACGGUAUGUCU